CGGGCGCAGCCCCGCCUUGGGCCGCCCCGCCUUGGGCCGCCGCCAUUUUAAGUGAUCCGGAAGCGGGCCGUGCCGAGGGGCGUGCGGCCGCCAUCUCGGCGCUGAGAGUUGCAGCAGGCGAAGCUGUUGUCAGGUAGGGCGCCAGGACGCGCGAUGCCUGCCAGGGCCUCUGGGCUGGGGUGCAUGGGACCCAUCUCUGUUCCAGGUCCCGAGAACGCAAUGCUCUCAAAGCCCUGCGGCCACCGGGAAAUACACUCGCUGGUAACAGGUGGAGUGGAAUCCUCGCACGGGCGCUGGCCAUGGCAGGCCAGCCUGCGCCUGGGGAGACUCCACCGAUGUGGAGGGAGCCUGCUCAGCCGUCGCUGGGUGCUCUCGGCUGCGCACUGCUUCCGAAAGGCUCCCCACCCUGUCUCCAUUUCUGCCAGGCACUAUCAUCCCUCCAAGUGGACGGUCCAAUUGGGCGAGCUGACCUCCAGGCCGCCUUUCUGGAACCUGCGGACUCAAAGAAAUCGUUACAAAGUGCAGAAUAUCAUUAUGAACCCUGGCUUCCUUGGGGUUAUAUACAAUGACAUUGCCCUGCUGAGACUGGCCUCCUCUGUCGCCUACAAUUCGCACGUCCAACCCAUUUGCGUCGAGUCAUCCACCUUCAUCUUCCUGCACCGGCGGGACUGCUGGGUGACCGGCUGGGGCUUCCUCGGCUCCAACGAACGUCUGCCACCUCCUUACAAACUCCGGGAAGCACAAGUCACCAUCUUAAACAACACCAGGUGUAAUUACCUGUUUGAACAGCCCUCCAGCCGUGGUAUCAUCCAGGAUUCCAUGUUUUGUGCUGGUGCUGAAGAUGGCAGUGUAGACACCUGCAGAGGUGACUCAGGUGGACCCUUGGUCUGUGACAAGGAUGGACUGUGGUAUCAGGUUGGAAUCGUGAGCUGGGGAAUAGACUGUGGUCAACCCAAUCGGCCUGGUGUCUACACAAACAUCAGUGUGUACUUCCACUGGAUCCAGAGGGUGAUGUCUACCAGUACGCCCAGGCCAAGCCCCUCCCAGCUGCUGCUGCUCCUUGCUCUGCUCUGGGCUCCCUGAUCCUGCAGCCAUUUUGAGUCCACCAGAGACUGAGGCUACAGUGGAGACCACAGUAUUGGCUCGCUUCCCCGGGGAUGUGGCACUUCAAGGACAGGGUUGGGAUCAGAUUCCAGCCCCUUUUGUCCCAUUUGCUAAUAAAUACGUGUGCAUGUUAAA